AUGGCUUACAAACUAAACUCUUUUCUGUACACAAUUGACAAGAAUGCAGUUUUGACGACUCGUUCUUAUGUACCUGCUACUCAGAAGAUAUGCAUACAAGUAGUAUUAGGCUUAUGUGCAGAAUGUGAUGCAGAUGUCGUGAUGAUUGAUUCCAAAAGGUUUAAAAUAUUACAAUCUGUAACAGCUAAAGGCUCACUAAAUGCUGCGAUUCAUGGCUUACCUAUGUGGCAACUCAUUAAAUUGGAUGGAAAUUUUUCCAUAGACACUAUUGGUACGGUACAAAUUCAUGUAAUACCCAAACUCACGAAGCCUACCCACAAUCCGUUGUGGGCAAUAGCAGAUGUUCGUAACUGUCCCAAUAAAGUUUUGAGAAAAAUAGUUGGUACGCAAGAAUACCCUAAUUUUAUUCCGUGGCCGAAUGUAACAUGCCAAAAAUUAUUUUUCAACACAAAUACCGUCGUAAGUUCUCUGUCGACAGCAACAAACAACAUGGAUCUAGAUGAUAAAUUUUGUCCUGAGGGAAAAAAUGGGCCAGAAUGUUCUUUUUCCUGCAAACAUGAUCUGAACAGUACCUUUAAUUGCAAAGGAACUGCAAUCUGUUUCAAAACUGAUUGCAACUGCUCUCUAAGAUAUGAAGACGAUAUAUGUUUUUCUGAUGGAUGUGACAACAAUUCGUAUAGGCAUGAGAAUUGUAUAAAGAAAUGUGGUUUUUGUAAAUCUACUGACUCUUUUAAAUGUGAAACAAUAUCUGGAGAAUGUAUAAGCGGAUGUAAUGAUACAGAAUUAAUUUACUUGCCAUCUGUGUGUCAUAUAGGCAUACAAAAGUUCACAGUACCUGAAAUUGUCUCUGUCACUCCAACAAGCAUUGAAACUAAAUGUCCUAUAGUGUGGGAAAAAGAAUACAAUCAAACAACGAUGAUAUAUUCGUUUAUUAUUAAGGGAGAAAAUGAUUACAUCUUCACGCAGUCAUGGAAAAAACUGUCUCAAAAUAUAACACAUUUGAAGGGACAUUUCAACAAUUUAAAUCAUAGUUCUCUCUAUUCAGUUAAAUGCAUAUUACUAGCGGGGAAUGCAAUAAUUCAAAGCAAAUGGCAAAUUGUGGAAACUGAUUGCAAACCAAUAAAAGCUUUCAAAGUAUUGUCUACAGAAAGCAGCAUAAUUCUUGAUUGGCAGAACAUUUCAGAUCAACUAUUUUCAUGUCCAGCACAUUGGUAUUAUGUAACUCUUCAAAAUACAAAUACAGGCGAGACUAUUUGUAACACAACAAUUAUCACUUUUCCUUAUGAAGUGUCAGGUUUACCGCCAUAUACUGUUUUCAACGUGAGUGUAAGUUGUCCGGGACUUUCUCAUACAAACAUAAAACAUAACUACAUGUUUCUCACUCAUAUUCGUACAUUACGAAGCGAACUGUCAUUAGCUUCAACAAAAGAAUUAGAUAUUCAAUAUUUUGCAAACUCGAGCACACAAGUCACUAUGAAAUGGACAAGGGAUUUAGAUUACUCAAGCAUAGCGCUGUACGAAAUAACAUUAAAGAUUAUUUUAUACUAUGGUUGUGAAGAUUUAAAUUUACCUACACCAAUUGUUGCACCUAUGAAAUACGUUACAACCAAAGCAGAAAUCAUAUUCUCAAACUUACAUCCAUAUGCGUCUUAUACAGCACAAGUGACAGCACAUAAAGUUCAAAACACUAAUAGUGCGGAGAUAACUUUUGAUACAAAUAAAUCUGACAUACCAACGGAAGUGUUUACAGAACUGAAAGCACAGAAUUGGACAUUAUCAUGGCAGCCACCUAAAGAUUGCUCGACGAUCUCGGGACCAUUAAGAGAUAAAAUACAAAUUAGCGGAGUUAGCGCUGCUGUAAAACAUUUCAGUACAAUCGAAUUUACAUCGCGCUGGUAUCUUGACUUAAAUAUAAUAAAUCCACCACUACUUAGUGACGAGCAGUAUCGAGCAACUGUUUAUGUAAUAAGAGAAUAUAAGAAAACGGAGAAUUUCUCCGCUUAUCAAGAACUUUACUUCAGAACGCCAUCUACAGCUCGACCUACAAUAGCAAAUCUGGAAGUUAUUGAAAUUGAUACCCUUCAAGUACCACAUAUACUACGCUUGAGAUGGUUAAUUUCACUCUCAUCUUCACAAAAACAAAUUCAUUAUUAUAACGUUACCACUUAUUGCACUCAUGAUGUCAUUUCUAAUAAGAUAAAAGUUAAGAAGUUCUGUAAUUUGUGGGAUGAUUACGUCUGCGCAAAUUUAUAUUAUGUAAGAUGUUCCAACAUUCAGAUGUUUGAAAUAAAUCAAAAUAAUACAGCUUUAAGCCCACCGGUUACUAUAUCUCAAGAAGAGUUUACUACUACAAAACCAGACAAACCUACUCCUGUUAUUUACACAGUACACAAUAACAGCAUAGUCGAAUUACUAUGGUAUCAUCCUUGGAAAACAAGUCGUCACUUACAAUGUUUUCUCAUCACUGUAGAAGAAGGUACAUCAUAUCUGAAACAACGCAUUUCUCAAUUAACCGCGAUAAAGAAAUAUAAAUAUCCAGUGGAAGAAUAUAUGCGUAAUUAUACCGAGCAGUUACAUUUAUAUCCAUCGACAAUGUAUCGAAUCUAUAUUCGAUCUAUGACUAUCAUAAACGAGACCAGUCUGUACAGUUAUGUAAAUGUACAGACACCGUCAACCGCAACGUUUGAUGGCGAUUUACAGGUCGUACCGAAUGAACUUGAUAGUACAAUUUUAUUAAAAGUGCCGCAUGUUAUUAAUGACACGUAUGGUAGUAGCAUGCACAUUAUUGUGAAAGGAUUAAAUCCAUGCAAGAAUUAUUCGAAAGUUCCUUCAAAUCUACAAAAGCAGAUGAAUAUAAAAAAAGAUAAUGUUGCUUGGCAAGCUGCUGAAAUCUUGACAACUGGGAUUGCUCGCAACAAUUAUACUUUUAUAGUUGGUGACAACAAAACUUACGGAGGUGCUAGGAAUUGUCCAUUACAACCAAAUCAAUUGUAUAAGAUACUAGUUAUUUUAAUAGAACGAAGAUCAAUAUUUCGGAUUUUUAAUGAAGUGACCAUGCUUAAAAUAUCGACUAGCAUUGGAAAGGUUUCGGAUUCAUCAGUGACUUACGAAAUAGUACUCAUUCCCAUAAUAUUACUGCUUAUUAUAGGUGCCACAGUUUCUUAUAUCUACCGAAGAAGAAGAAGACAAGUAGUUAAACAGAUAAUGUCGCAAAACGAAAUGGAAAUGUGGCAAAAUUCUGAAAAAGUGACUGUUUUUAGUUAAUAUGACUUAUCUUUAGUUAAGAUUACAUAAAUAAGGAAUAUUAACAUUAGAAAUAAAAUUGAUAUUAGAAACAGUUUUUACUAGGAACCAAUUAACAAUUCUUUAAAGUAAAAAUAAAUUUAACAACUAGCAGUUAGACAUAUCUCUUCUAGUAUUGACAUGUCAUUUAUGUCAUUGUGUAAAGUCACGUGAAAUUUUUGAGAAUAGUCGAAAAAUAUGUACAAAUAAAUAAGCAAAUUAAGGCCGAUUACAAUUAAGUAAUUAAGUGUAAUUGUAC